UUGAAUAAGAUAUAGCCAUGUUUGAACUAGCAACAAAUCCGAAAUGUAUUGACUAGCUUGACAGCCAGCUAAAGUUAGCUAAAAGCUCUAACUAUAUUGAGUAAAUUCAAUUUGACGAAGCAUUACUAAAAUGUCAGAGAAGAAAAAAGGAAAGGUCACAGAAAGCGAAGAGGAAGGGAAUUUGCAAGUAUCCUACAUUUUCCCAAAUGGUGACAGAUAUGAAGGAGAGUGCUGCGGGUCCACAGAGGGAGUCGUGGUGAGGCGUGGUAUGGGCAAACACACCUCAGCCAGUGGUGUCACCUACACUGGAGAGUGGCAUGAUGACAAGGUGAAUGGCAGAGGGACUCUGGAGCAUCCCUCUGGGGCCCUGUAUGAAGGGGACUUCAAAGACAACAUUUAUCAUGGCACAGGGACAUACAGCUUCUCUGACGGGACCAAAUACUGCGGCAGCUUCAGCAAGAACAGGUUGGAGGGUGACGGGGAGUUCAUCGACUCUCAGGGACUUGUUUGGAUUGGAGGCUUCCACAACAAGGCAGCUCCUGGAUUAAAACUUAAACUCAGCAUGUAACCCAUGACAUAAUGUGAGAUAACAUAACUUUAAUUCCUCUUACAUUUAUGAACAUUUAUUGAAUAUAGAUUUAAAAAGGAAAAAAAAUAUAUAUAUAUAUUCAAAAGAACAAAAUUAGACUCCAGUAAGAAAUUUUAAAGGCACCAAAUGAAAUGAAACACACAAUGUCCAUGUUCUUCCCAUAACACUCCUGCAGUGACACCUGGUCUCUUUUACUUGUAGG